ACUGAGGCCUUGCCGCAGGCCGUUCCAUAAUCAUAGCGUAGGGAAGGGAAGGGCGAAGAUGCAAUGCAGUUAUCUUCAGGGGGCUUCCAUUUUCUGCCCUCAACCUCAAGCGUUCAGAAAACCAUCUUUUCACUCGAGCUUUUCAGUUGCUCCACCGCAGACGCGCAAAGAAGGAAGUUCCGAUUACAACGACGUCGCUUAUAAUGACAAUUUUGGUUCUGAAGAUGACAUUCUUCACGCAAUUUCUGAUGCAAAAUCGAAAUUUAUUACCAGUGCUAAAAACCCUUUUGUGAAGCACUGUCUCAAGCUCCGCAACGACUCUUCUUAUCGUCGUUAUCAUGGUUCGGUUCUUGUCGUGGGUUCUACACCUAUCAGAGAAAUAUACAGGUUUCAAGAGUCAUCGCAAGAUAACAAUAUUAAGAUGGAUUGUUUGAUUCUGCCUGAUAAAACUGAGAUUCCAGCAGGGCUAGAUAAAUCCCCUACUUCAGUUGUGCGUGUGAGUUCUACAGUGAUGAAAAAACUUGCACGGCUGCAGUCAACUGAUAGUCUUGAUGCCAUGGCCCUGAUGAAUAUCCCUACCAGUUUCUUCAGUUUAGAUGACAAUCAAGACACAGCAGAUUGUCGGAGGUGGUUUCCAUCUCCUCAUCGGAUUUUAGUCCUUGAAAGGAUUCAGGAUCCUGGUAACCUUGGUACAUUACUCAGAUCAGCUGUGGCCUUUGGCUGGGACGGCGUUUUUCUUCUUCCUGGUUGCUGUGAUCCAUUCAAUGAUAAAGCUCUUAAAGCUAGCCGAGGUGCUGCCUUUCAGCUACCCAUAGUUUCUGGCAGUUGGAUUCAUCUGGAGUCUCUUAUAGGGCAAUUCCGAAUGAAGUUGUUAGGUGGCCAUCCAGAGGAUGAAGGGGUAGCCAAACCGGUUAGUCGGAUGUCUCCAGGCUUCUGCGAUUCUGUAUCGGAUAAGCCUCUGUGCUUGGUUUUGGGUAGUGAAGGAAGUGGGCUUUCAGAGAAGUCCAUGGAAGCAUGUGAGCUUGUCAGCAUUCCAAUGGCCGGAGAAUUUGAGUCUCUCAAUGUUUCAGUUGCUGGUGGGAUUUUCAUGUAUAUGCUGCAGCCAAAGUGUAGAUGAUCAUGUUCCAUAUUAUAGUGUGUCACUUUUUGGUUCAUGAUUUGAUUUCGUCUUGCGAUAGCAUGUAAAGGUCCAUUUUCAUUCUUGCUCUGAUCCUAUAGAGGAAAUUUUUUACAGCAAAGUUAAAUCCAUCUUGCCGCUUGACCAUUUUUUUCACUAAACAGAAGUUCAUAUGUGUAGUUUGGAUUUGAGUCUUAUCAAGAUCUGGGCAGGCAUAGCAACUUGAAGUUGAAAAGAGAUUGAGAUGAAAUGGUGGAUAAUAUUUCUGACGCAAUGGGUCUCAAUUUUGUUUAUUUUUCCUCCUUGUAUUUCAAGAGGGGAUUUUAGAUCCCAUUA